AUUAAAGAACCAGAUGUAUACAACAAAAUAUUAGUAGAUGUUCCAUGUACAAACGAUCGUCAUAGUUUGGAAAAUAAUGAAAAUAACAUGUUCAAACCGACUCGUGCUAAAGAACGUUUAAAAUUGCCUGAAAUACAAGCUGAUAUCUUAAAAUCUGCUUUAAUGAACAUUGCUGUGGGUGGUACAGUAGUUUAUUCGACCUGUUCUUUAUCACCCAUACAAAAUGAUGGUGUUGUUAAAAUGGCUUUAAAGAAAAUUUGGGAAGAAACCAACCAUCAAAUUAUUAUCAAGGACUUAACGAAGCAAUUUGAACCUCUAAAGUCUUUGUACUCAUUUGGCAAAGGGUUGAAAUUUGGUCAAAUGGUUAUGCCGUUUUUACCACUCAACUAUGGGCCUUUAUAUUUAUGUAAAUUAGUUAGGGUAAAAUAGUUGUUAACAAAUGUAUUAGGAUUUAAUUUAACGUUCAUAAAAAUGUUUGAUUUGUUAAAAAUUAUUUUAGUUUUGUAAAAAUAUAGUACUCUUUUAAUACUAAAAUAAUGCUCAAUUAUUGUAAAAUAUGAAUAUACUUCUGUCAAUCCAAAUUAUGGUUGGAUUGGUAAGUCUUGCCUAUUAAAUAAUAAUGUAUUUA